AUGGAAUAUAAUCUUGAAGAAAUUCAUUUUUUAUUAUUAUGUAUUAAAUUUGGAUUAAAAGAUGAAAAAGAAUUAAAUAAUUUAUUUAAUUAUUAUAAAUAUUUGGAAGAAAAAGGAAAUGUUUUGGCUCAAAUGAAUUUAGCUUAUUGUUAUUUAUCAGGUAUUGAAACAAAAAUAGAUAUUCGUAUGGUAUUUAAUUUAUAUUUCAAAUCUGCUAUGAGUGGAAAUUCGAUAGCACAAAAUUAUUUAGGUUAUUAUUAUAAAAAUGGAAUUGGAAUAAAUAAAGAUGAAAAGGAAGCAUUUAAAUGGUAUUUGAAAUCUGCAGAAGGAGGAAAUCAUAACGCUCAAAUUAAUCUAGGAAUUUGUUAUCGACGUGGUAUUGGAAUAAAUGAAGAUAAAAAGAAAGCAUUUGAUUGGUAUUUAAAAUCUGCAGGAGGAGGAAAUCGUGAUGCACAAAAUGAGAUAGGAAAUUGUUAUUAUUUUGGUAAAGGAGUUGGUAAAGAUUAUGGUAAAGCGUUUAAAUGGUAUUUAAAGUCCACUAAUGAUCACGAUCAACAAAAUAUCAGAAAUGAUUUGGAAAGUUGUCAAAAAAAUGUCAUCUCUAAUAAUAAAAAUUAUCAAUAUCGAUAUGAAGAAAAGAUAAAUUGUGAAGAGAAAUCAAUAUUUGAAUUACAUUUAAAAUCUGCUGAAGAAGGAGAUAGUAAUUCACAAAUUGAAUUAGGUAAAUGUUAUUUUUUUGGUAAAGGAGUUGAUAAAAAUCAUAAUAAAGCAUUUGAAUGGUAUUUAAAAUCAGCCAAUAAAGGUAAUCAUAUUGCUGAAAAUGAAUUGGGUAAAUUAUAUUAUUUUAUUGAUAAAAAUUUUGAUAAAACAUUUGAAUGGUAUAUGAAAUCAGCUGAAGGAGGAAAUUCUGAUGGACAAUAUAAUUUAGGAUUUUGUUAUCAUUGUGGAAUUGGAUGUAAAAAGAAUAUUGAAAAGGCUGGUUAUUGGUAUAAAAAGGCUUCAGAUAAUGGUUCAUUGAAUGCAAAAAAUGUUUUAGAUAAUAGUAGUCUCUUUCUUUUUAUGAAGAAAUCAUCAUCAUCUGUAA